CUGUGCUGCACCCUGAUAUCAGUGUGGCAUGAACUGCCUGUCAGUCCCUGGUGGGUCUUGUGAGUCAAGCUGGAACGCUCCCUAGACACAGCCAGUCACUGCCUAAAGAUCAUGGAAAGAUCUCUUAAGGCUGGGUUACAGAUUAGGGCACACCAGUGUGUUUUUCCUCAAUCUCCUAUCUCUGGUUUUGGCAAGAAGGAAGUUGGACUAAAUGAACAUGGGAACUUGCUUGGAUCUACAGUUUUCUUCUGCAGUGACCUGUGCCAAGUUGUGCUUUCCACGCUCCUGCCUGUAUCCCGUCAGCAGCUCUGGGAAUAGGCUGAUCAGGUAAAAUCCUUGAGAGAUCAGGUUCCAUCAGUGAAAUAACUGUGUUUGUCUUUAGGGGUCCAUUCCAGAACGAGUGUGGGAUCAACCCAGAAGAUAAGGGUUUUCAGUCUUUCUGGUGCAGUUAAGGACACUUGAGCAAGCAUCCACAUGUAUCCUGCUUCAGUAUGCAGGGCUCAGGCUUAUUAAACUUCUAAAUAGGUUUCAAAGUCCGUUGUUUUCUCCUCUGAGUUACAAUUGUAGAAUUAAGUUGUAGGCAAGAGUUAGUGUGUUCUAAUGUGGAGGGGUGGGUUUGUGGCUGUUUUUUCCUUUUUACAUCAGAAUUGUUGUUUUCUUGGUUUGAUAACAGUGUGUACAACAGAAGGUUGUGGUGGUGAAGGAGUCAGUACAGUUUCGCAUAGAAUCCACUGAAGGUGUUUAUGUUCUGUUUCAGCCAGGGCUGCUGCAUAUGUUAGUAUUCUGUAUGUGGAAAAACAAUGCCAUGUCUUAGGCAAGAAUAUUUAUAAGGCUGAGAAUGAUAGAAUCAUUUAGGUUGGAAUAUCCUUAAGAUGAUUAAGGUCAACAUGUCAUGGUUUAACAUUGCAGUGAAGUUCUCCCCUUGCCCCUGCUCCAGCUUGGACUUACUCACAGAUCACAGGAUUGUACCUGCUUGGAGUGGAGCUUUAUCUCUGAGCCGGUCUCCUCAGAGAUAUAUAUACCUGCUCUGGGAGAGACUUAUCCACAGCCACAGUGGCUUUGAAAUGCACCAUAAUCCCUUUAGAGGCAUACUAGCUGUGGCACAGUCAUAACCACGGCCACAGAUGCUUUGAGAUGCACCUGCUCUCACAUGGACUUAUCUGCAGGUCACAGUCCCUUCAGCUCGAGUUCCCACAGGAGUUCCAGCCUGUCCAGCACAGCAGCACAGAACAGCAGUGAUGCCUUGGUCACCUGCCAGCUCAGGGGCAUCACUGUGGCUGCUAUCAAAUUGUUCCCAGGCACAGCAGGAAGUUGAUAAGAAUAAUGUUCAUCAUGUCUGCUUUUCGUCAAACAAUAACUGGCAAACUGAGUCAUGGCUGGGCUUGGCGAACGAAGAUUUGGGAGAGGUCUCUAUCCACGUUUGUCACAAGCGCGCUGGUGGCUAAAAAGGCAAAUACAACUGCAUUUGUAGAAGAUGUCAAUACAGGGCUUUGCAAAAGUGGGUAAAGCCUUCAAGCCUGCACAAUGGAUUUUUUAGGUGAGACACAGUGUGCGCUGAACUGAACCCACCCUUUAAUCCUGUGGUUCAUCUGCUGGGGCCGAGCGAGCUCGAGCUUGGACGGUGGCAGCGAGGUCCUCAGGAUGUAGGUUUAAUUAGAGUGACCUUCUCUUAGAUGGGUAAGGCCAAGGGCAAACUGAGUGCUAUACCAACUAACUGCAGUAAUUCUGGGAUGUACAGAAAUGGGUGGCAUGUGGCCCUGGGCAGAGAGAGCAAGUUGUUUCUGGAGGUUCUCUGAUGUUAGUAUUUCCUCCCACUUGAUCUGGGAAUAUACAGGUCUGCAUUCAGCCUGUAACUGUGCUAUAUUUUGUGUUUUGAAAAGUUGUUUGUUUUUUUUUUUUAACAACUCCUAUGAAGCUCAGGGUUGUGUUUUAUAUAGGCACUCUGUUUUCUGGCAUUCACAGAAGUAAGACUGAGAGUGCUUCUUAAAUCAAAAAAUGUGCUCAGGGCAAACCUUGAAAAAAUGUUGAUUUCCUUUGGCCACAACAGCUGUGCACUCUAUUACUGUAGCAAAAGCAGAAAAGUGGAGCUGUUAUUUUCCCUGUGGUGUCUGGCUGCACAGCAGAGCUUUUGUGUCAUGUGUGGUCUGUGGUACAGGUAUUGUGAACUGUUCUGUCUUUUAUAAAAGAUAGGUCUUCUAUACACAGGAGUAUACUAGAUUGUUGGUAUUUGCUUGCAACAACUGUACUUUCAAAGCUACGAUUAAAAAAAGGGGACAAUAUUUUUCCUGCAAAUGACAUUAAAAAAAUCCCUGCUACUUUAAAUUCAGUUUGGUUCUGGAGUUGGCUCAUGGUGCAUAUAAUGUACUAAGCAGGAGACAUGCUGUUCUUCAAAGGAAUUUACACAAAUUAAGCUAAUUCCCUACCCUAGGGAAAUACCUUCAAAAUCAUCUCCUUAGGCUAGACAGCAGAGGGCCUGAAAAGGGAACUCUGGUGAAUGUAUUGCAGUAUCCAGUGGCAUCCUCAUAAAAACCCUGUUGCUCUGAGGAUUUGAGUGGUAGGAGACCCUCCAGUGUGGCUUCUUUCACAUUCACUAUAACAAGAGCUGCAGCAAUUUAAGCACUCAAAGCUGAGUGGUUUUUUGCCUCUCUGAAAGACAGGCUUAAUAAAAGAGACCAAUUUGCAAAACACAGUGCUUGGAGCCUUGGUCUAGCUGGUUGUGUGUUUUCAUAUGCUCCAUUCAAAACUUCUUAAAACCAAGUCACUUAUAUGUCACAUAUAUCUGUCAAGAUGGGAUUUUAGGAACCAAAGUCUGUAUAUCCAGUGAUCUCUCUCUUGGUUUGAUCCUUUUUGCUUUCAUUCCAAACUUCCUUAGAGUUGUGAUACAGGGUUUAAACUGAGCCUGCAGCUGAAGCCUGAGGGUAUUUAGCAGUUAAAAUAGUACUAGAAUGUCACUUUGAAAAACAAGGUUAUACUACAGCAGUGUUGGGCUGGCACAAGUCUUAAAGCAUUGAUACAUUUGUUCACUGUCUUGUUUUGCUUUUUGUAGUGUUUUUUUGUUUUGUUUUGGUUUUGGUUUUGUUUUCUUUUGAUUGUUUAUUUUGUUUUUUAAAGUUAUUAUUUGGGCAGAUAAGUUCUCCUGAGGUUCUUCAGGUCACCAGUCAGCCAGACUGGCAAAAAAAAAAAUUAAAUUAUUGUCCUUCAUUGUAUUUGGAUCGCUUCUGAUUUCCUUGUUUUCCCUUCUCUCUUAGAAUUUCUUUUACAACCAGUGCCCUUUUGUGUGAUAUCAGGAUAGAUUUUACUGGUUUAGAAUACAGGAAGGAAUGUAGGCCAUAAAUAGAUGGCAUAUAUUCUUCUAACACCAGGAAUACUGAAAUAGCUCAUCUCAAAAGACAGGGAACACCUCACCCAUUGGCCAGAUGCCAGGAGGUUACAGGAUUGACAAUAAAGUGGCAGGCCUGAAAGGCAGAUUAAUGGUAGGCUGUGCUCUAAAAAAGAGCAUGUUGAGUCCCAGGAGAAAUUUCUGCAGGAGCAAAUUCAGGAAGAAUUCAGCCAUAUGCUGAUAGCUUAAGGCAGUUUUGCCUUUCUCUUGACUCCUCUAUCCCCACAAGGUUCUGGCUUUCCCAUGUGGUGUGUUGGUCCCCGUGAUUCUCAUGGAAUGGGCUAGCUGCCUUCUCUGCUUUAACCGAAUGUAUUCAGGAGGGGCUCGUCUGUACAAGUCUGUUUGAAGGAAAUCCUUCUUAUACAAUCAGCCUUUUCUGCACAGCCAGGUAACUGCAAGGGCCCUUAUAAGUUUUGCAGAAGAUAGUCUUUAGCUGGGUGACUUUGACUUGAUGCUGAAUAGGCUGAGCUAUCCAGACCCUCCUGUGGAUUUUUUUUUUGUUUGGUGGGCUUUUCCCCACCAUUAGUAGUUCUGUGUUUUUCCUUUUGCAAAGCAGGAUUGCCCAUACCUGCCAUUCUGGAGUGCUCAGAGCCAUAAAUUACAGCUGUUCUUUGAUAAGGUGACAAGGAUGCCACGGCCCAUCCAAAGAUACUUAUUUAAAUAAUAGCUUGUUGUUUGUACAUGGGACUUCUGACAUUGCUCAUGGAGUUUUCCAGGCUUUUGUAUGGACAGCCUGUGCAGCUGUGGUUAUCCUCAAGCUCUCAGAGCAGAAUGGGAUCAGAGUUCUGCCUCUCUAAUGUCUGCAUUGCUGUGGCAGUAUAGAGCAGAUGAGUGGUUUUCAAAAGCCCUGCUCUGCUAGAGUGCUGUCCACCACAAAAACUGUGAAAUACAGUUGACUUUCAUAUAAAGAGUUUUUUAUUACCUAAAAUAUUUUUACAAUUGUCAUGUGAAACAGGUUAAAGCAGAAAACAACUAUGGGUCAGAAUUCAGGCAAUCCUGCAAGAAAUCAUCCUUUCCCCAAAGGGAGAACAAACAAUAUAAGAAGCAUUCCUGGUUCAGAGAAGUGGCAGAGAGAGUGACAGACACCUGAGGUGGUACCUCUGACCUCUCUUUGUCUUGCUCACACAGGAGAUCGGGGGAGGGAGUGUGGAGGGCAGCUCCACCUGGCAAUGUCACCGUGCCCUCUGCUAGUGCAGCACCUUAGCUGACUGUCUACCUGAGCCCCAGGCACUGAGUUACUGGUCUGAUUCACUCCCCCUCAGUCUGGUGAAUCUGUCCUGGCAGUCAGGUGUCUCCUGUGUUCAUCAGUCGGAUGUGCUGCAGGCUGAGAGCAGGGGAGGUGAGCUCUGCACUCUUAAGAGCUUUUAUGCCCAGCUCAUCACCCUCAGGCUGCAUGAUUAGCAGUUGCUGAUCAGCUCCUGUUUUCCAAGGUUAAAGAAGAAAGGUAAAGAAGAAAAUAGUGGUGUGCUGCUUUAAAGGUAAGUCAUGCUUGUGUAUUUAGAGUAAGGACUUCCGCGUCUGUGCUGCCAAAGUUAAACUGGUGAAAUGGUAUGCAGGAGGCUGUCGUUUAGUGAAGCAUGUGGCUGUUAUGUAAAGGUUUUAAUUACUUUCUUCAUCUGUCUGCUUAGGAACACGAGAUGUCUGGCAAAAUUUUGAGAAGGCUCAAGGCGUUAAAGAAAGCUCAUCUAAAUAAAGGAGAAUUAACGUGACAUUGCAGUUACUUAAUCCUUUAUUGUCCUGCCAUGUGACUGCAGGGAUACUAAGGCGCAGCACUGCUUUUGCCUUUCCUGUCAUCUUCUAGAAUUAGGUGCUUCAUUAAACCCACCAUGGGAAGGAAACAGAGGGGCAACGAACUUUCUACAGCAAGGCUUCAACACAAAGUGACAUUUCCAAGGCACAGUGACAAGCUCACAGCUGAAGAAUGAAUCAAAGGCAAAUCCUACAGCCAGCUCUUGGACUGGUACCAGAAUCAAGUAGAACUGCGCUCUUAAGGUGGAAUCAUGAGGAUAGUGGAGAAGAUGAUGGGCACCCGGAGUGCUAUGGAGGAGAUGAAGAGAACAGGCAGCACAGGCUGACCCCAUUUGAGAAACUAAUGCAGGAUAUGUCUCACAAUGAAAAAGUGGUGAAAGAAUUAACCCUGGGAAAGAGAAUUGCCUUCUAUCGAGUCAGAGGAGAAAUAGGAAAUGGGAAUUUCUCACAAGUGAAGCUUGGAAUUCAUUCCCUAACUAAAGAGAAAGUUGCAAUUAAGAUUUUAGACAAGACAAAGCUAGACCGGAAGACUCAGCGUUUGCUAUCUCAUGAGAUAUCCAGCAUGGAGAAGCUGCACCACCCAAAUAUCAUCAGGCUGUAUGAAGUGGUGGAGACACUCUCAAAACUGCACCUGGUGAUGGAGUAUGCAGCAGGUGGGGAGCUCUUCACUAAAAUCAGUACAGAAGGAAAGCUGCUAGAAACGGAGUGUAAAAUAAUCUUCUCCCAGAUUGUGUCUGCUGUGAAGCACAUGCAUGACAAUAAUAUAAUUCACCGGGACCUGAAAGCAGAAAACGUCUUCUACGCCAGUAACACCUGUGUUAAGGUGGGAGACUUUGGAUUCAGCACAAUAAGUAAAAGAGAUGAAACUUUAAAAACUUUCUGUGGCUCUCCUCCUUAUGCUGCUCCUGAACUCUUCCGAGAUGAAAACUAUAUAGGCAUCUAUGUGGACAUCUGGGCACUAGGAAUCCUACUAUACUUCAUGAUGACGGGUAGCAUGCCAUUUCGGGCAGAUACUGUAGGCAAACUGAAGAAGUGCAUUCUUGAAGGGACAUACACUUUGCCUCCCUGCCUCUCAGAAAAUUGCCAGAAACUGAUAAAAGGAGUCCUUCAGCCCAUACCAACCAAGCGAUACUCUGUCAAACUGAUUAUGAACAGCGAAUGGAUGCAAGGCAUACAGUUUCCCAAACCUUUACAGACAUUUAAACUGGAUCCUAAGUAUUUAUCAGACAUCAGUAUGCUCAAGGAAGAAGAAAUUGAAGUGAAAAAUAUUCUGGAAGAUCUUGGAAUCACAGAGCAGCACAUUCAAAAUAACCGGGGAAGAGAUGCACGCAGCUCAAUAACAGGGGUCUACAGGAUUGUGCUGCACAGAGUACAGAAGAAAAGGGCACUUGAAUCUGUUCCUAUAAUGUCCCACCCAGAUCCCACAGAACAAGACUUGAGGAAAGCAAUCCAUUCUUACGGUGGGAUUAAGCACACAUCCAAGCUGUGUUCUAUUUUAUAAAUUUGCACUGCGGACUUUAUACUCAGCACAUUUGACAGAGGGGAUUAUUCACUUUUCAAAGGGGAUUAUUGAUUUUUCCUGAAUUCUGGUGUUACAUUUUUUUAUUUGUAAUUUGAAUAAACCAAAAAUGCCUCCUCUUCUUUGCAUUUCUCAAGUCACAGUGAAGUGCUCAAACACCGAGCUCUCGUGCAUUUGUUUGACCCUUGCUCCAGACACUGGGUAUAGCCAGUGCAAGAACCCCAGUAAUUGAAAGGAUCAUGAGUGGAGGUGAUCAUUUAGUAAAGAUCAUACCACUGCAUUUAACCCACUUGGAGAUUCCUGGUACAGGCAUGUAACAGCUAACUUCUGAAAAGCUGUAUGUCAGCUUGAUACAACUUUACCACUGCAAACCAGGACAGUUUUUGCACAGAACUAAAUUUAAGCAGAGACCAGACCAUAAUCUAAACAAUUGCAAAUUCUUCUUUUGAGCUUCCUCAUCAAAAUAGUUUUUAAAAAGCAUUUUCUUUUAAGAAACAGCAAUGCUGCUGUUGACUGCAGUCUGUUUGUCAUGAUUCCGACAGACAAAUUAAGAUACAGUGCAUAUGUGGUUGCAAUUCCUAAUGCCUGACUGGUUGGACUACUAUCAGCUAACCUUCUGACACCUUCCACUGCUUGCAUGAUUCUGUCAGUUGGGAACUGCUUGGACUCAUUGCACUUCAAUAAAGAAAGAUUUAAGUGUACUCCAAAACUCAUGUAGUUUUAAAUUCUUGCUAUAGCACUUGUUACCAGUAGCUGAACGCAACCAGUAGCAAAAUCCAUUUGUAUCUGCUGAGCAUUGCAGGCUUGCACUCACUCCUGCCACGCUGCUUUGGCAACCAAAGGUGGAACAAAGAUGAUUUUGACACUUGGCCACUGCAAGUUAAAGUUGGAUAGGCUGACACCAACAGUUGUUCUGAGCAUCACCAAGAUGUAGGUGCUCGAAUUUUCAGGUUUAAUUGCUGAUUUUAUACUUUCACCUUCAACAGCAUCAGCUCCAAUGCAAAGGACAAGAAUGGUAGCUUUCUUCCCUGAACAGGGACAGCCGAUCUGCUUAAGCUAAGACCUGCUUAAGCUAAGAUGUAGAGCCUGUAUGACUUUAGUUAAGGUAAGAUACCUGACAGAAGGUUUACAUAGGUAGAGCUGGUGCUUUCAAAUGUUAAGGGCAGGAUGCCUUAUCUAUUAUGAGGGCUGAUGGGACGAUUAGUUGACUUUGGAAGGAGUAAUUAAUUUAAAUGAGCAACAGAAUGAGUCUGAAAAGCCACUCCUGGGAAACUGGAUUCAGUGAGGCUCAGGUAUGUACAAAGCAAGAACCAAGCCCCCUUUGCAGAUUUUCUGAGGGGGAUAAAACAAUACCAUCUUCUGUAAGACAGUAAUAAAGAUUAAAUUCCUCUGCUAUAAACAGUUUCCAUAUGAAAGCAUUUUAAGUUAUCUUGAGACAUAGCCCCGAUGGAGUGGUUUUACACCAGCCUAAGUAACCCCUUCGUUUUGUUGGGAAUGACACAAAGAAGACAGAUCCAGAAUAUCCACACAGCCUGUGAACCCACAACUUCAGGUUUUCACAGAGCCAGUUUCCUCUUUCUUUCCUGUUGAAAAUAAAGCGUCCUGAAAACCCAACAAGUCAGCACUACUCCAACAGGUUUCAAAUAUCUCAAACUUUAUUUUAAUAAAGGAUCAGCCUCACAGACCUGGGAGGUCUCUGCCAGUAGCUCACUUCUUGGUUCGUCCACUGCCAGCAAUGGACUUUGUUCCAUGACUGUUUUCCUGGUGCCAAGAUAAGUUUCACGAGGGCAAUCUAAACCAAAAUACUUGCAAACACUAUCAUCAUGCAUCACUGCUCCAUCAUUUUUAGCAGAACAAACAGAUUAGUAUUCAUCAAUUUAUAUUAAACAACUAUUUUAUCAAGGCUUGACCGCACAAAUACAGCAAGUUAUCAAGUCCUAGUGAGUGACAGGUAAUACAAACACUUCAUUACACACACAAAAAAAUUGUGAUUAACAGAGAAAUAAUUUUUUGCUACUUUAUAUUAGAUAAUGUGGCUUUGUAGAAUUAGCAAAGAAAUAAACUCAACAAAACUUAAUCUGUACAUUAGCUCAAUUUAAAUAUAUAUAUCUAUAUAUAUAGAUAUAGAUAGAUAGAUAUAUAUAUUACAGGCUUAAAAGGCUCAUGUCGUAGUUCAUUUCCAAUCUGGGCUUUAAAAAUCUACCAGAAUGGGCUCCCCAUUACCACUAUAAAUCUACCACUGGCAAAAUGGAUAGCUUGUUGGAAAAAAAACCUAAACUAAACCAAAAGAAAUAAAAGACGCUAGUCUACAGUAUUAACAGUAGUGAGAAGGACUUCAAGGUACAAAGCCAAAUUCAAA